AUGGCUGUCAAGGGAUUAGGUAAAAUUGAUCAAAAAUACGAUGGUUCAAGAUUAAGAAUUGGUAUCAUUCACGCACGUUGGAAUAACGUUGUCAUUGAUGCCCUUGUAAAAGGUGCCAUUGAAAGAAUGUUAUCACUUGGUGUACAAGAAUCUAAUAUCAUUGUGGAAACCGUCCCAGGUUCAUUCGAAUUACCAUAUGGUGCUAAAAGAUUGGCUCAAAGAGAGGAAAAAAACGGUACUCCCUUAGACGCUGUGAUCCCAAUUGGUGUCCUUAUUAAAGGUAGUACUAUGCAUUUCGAAUAUAUCUCUGACUCCACUACACAGGCUAUCAUGGCUUUGCAAGAUAAGAUUGAUAUCCCAGUUAUCUUUGGGUUGUUAACUUGUUUAACAGAAGAACAAGCUUUAGCAAGAGCUGGUAUCGAUGAAGGUAAGACAAUGCACAACCAUGGGGAAGAUUGGGGUGCCGCUGCCGUGGAAAUGGCAACUAAGUUUGGUCGUAAUGCAUUUUAA